CUUGGGAUAUUAUGUAAAGAUAUUAAAAAAAUGACUUCUGAAGAUCUCCAAAUAACGAUGAAUAUCAACUGAUAGCGAAAAGCGUAUUUCUUUCCGGCGCACAGUUCUGUAUCGCAUGUCACUCGCUACUUGCUGGAUAACUGUCUUUAGAAAUCAGCUGAUGCUCAUUAUUACCAGGAGAUCUUCAGAAAUAAGCAAUUUUUCUUUAUACAAUGUCCAGUCUAUCCUUUUUUGUGCGUUCAUUAGCUCAGACAAAAUAAUUAAUUCCUCACUAUUGCUAAUGUUGCAAAAUAGUAUAUGACUUUUCUGCCGUCAAUUUCAACCGGUCUACUUGUACACCACAGGAACCGAGAGUAGUUUAGGACACCCUGUAUAUACGAAUAAUGACAUGGUUAGUUACAACGCCACACUCAAAUACAAGUAUCAUUGCGGAAGUGAUAAGAUAUGGAAAUAAACGCAUCAAUAUGGAGGAGCUCAUGCUCUUUGAACUUUCCCUAUUCUUCAAUAACCUAUUUAAAUAAAACAUUUUCAUCAAAAGAAUUCUUAAGUUCGGGGCUUUACUAAUUCAAUCAUACCUUUGUUCGUCGUCAGGAAUAAAGCACCGCGAGUUUAACGCCGCGUCGAAUGUUAUAUAAAAUUAUGUCAUUCGUGUUCAUCAAAAUCUCUCUUUUUAACGACUCAAAUUUGUGAAAACAACAUCAUACUUUCCCCUUCUAUUAUACAUUCGUUGCAUCAUUCAUUCGCACGAUCGAAAGUGCUUUCUGCUUUUUGUGCUUAUUCAUGGUCGUUGUUCAAAUAUGAAGAAGGAUACGAUACAAACGUUUAUACCGGCAUUUUUCGCUGGUCGUAGCAUAUUUAUCACAGGUGCAACGGGUUUUAUAGGAAAAGCCUUAAUUGAAAAGCUGCUACGGUCUUGCCCCGACGUCGUGGAAAUAUUUCUGCUGAUGCGACCGAAAAAAAGAAUCGGAGCCAACGAUAGGCUUAAACAAAUGUUGAAUAAUAAGCUGUUCGAUAAAUUACAAACAGAGCGACCAUCCAGUUUUGACAAGCUUAUUCCCGUAACGGGAGACGCAGCGGCUGUGGACUUAGGGUUGUCGCCUGCAGAUAGACAAAUGAUAAUCGACAAAGUGUCUGUAAUAUUCCAUGUUGCGGCAAGUGUAAGAUUUGACGACAGCUUGAAAGACGCGAUUUUUAACAACACUAGAUCAACACGGGACGUUUGUAUCUUGGCUAGUAAUAUGAAAAAUUUAGCAGUCCUGUUGCACGUCAGUUCAACCUACACUCAGAUCGACAAAUGCGUCGUCAACGAAAUUCUAUAUCCCCCGGAGAUCGAUUGGAGACGAGCGAUCGAGAUUGCCGAGUCCGUCGACGAACACACCCUGAGAAUACUGACGGCGAAAUACAUAGGAAACAUGCCAAACACCUACGUCUUCACAAAGAAGCUAGCGGAGCAGGUGAUAAGCGAUUAUUCCGAAUCGUUGCCUUGUGUUCUUCUGCGGCCCUCGAUAGUCAUAUCGACGAUGGAGGAUCCCGUGAAAGGGUGGCUCGACAACUUCAAUGGACCAAUCGGAACGCUAAUCGGUGGUGGCAAGGGAAUCUUACGCGUGUUUUAUGCCGAUCCUACCGUCGUCAGCGACUUUAUACCAGUAGAUCUUAUCGUCAAGUUGAUGAUUAUAACGGCCUGGCACCGCGGACUUAAAACCAUCUCCGAAGAUAAAACGGCUCAUGUUUACAACUGUUCAUCGAACAGCCUGAAAAAAUUAAACAUGAUGCAAAUCCAGCAGACGGGCUUCGAAAUAGUGCGGCAGAUCCCAAUCGAAGGAAUCAUUUGGUCUCCACAUACUACAUUAACCAAGAACCGUUGGAUGUAUUACAUCCUGAUGUUAUUGCUACACGUCCUCCCGGCGUUAUGCAUAGAUAGUAUCAUCAAAUUAUGCGGAGCACGUCCAAUGCUACUGAAAUUGCAAAGAAAAGUGUACGUAUCGAACAGUGCCCUGUCGUAUUUUCUGUUGAACGAGUGGUCUUUCAAAAAUUCUCAAGCUCUUAACAUAUUAUCUAAUCUUAACGCUGAAAAUGCUAAGGAUUUUGGAGCUGACUUAAUGAAUAUUGAUGUACGGGAAUACUUCAAGAAUGGCAUUAUCGGCUCAAAAAUUUACUUACUAAACGAAGAUAUGAAAAACCUCGAAGCAGCCAGGUUACAUCGUAAGAGGAUGGAUUGGCUCCACAAUAUAAUCAAGAUGAUGUUCAUAAUAUCGGUCUUAUGGAUGAUUUACCGUAAAAAUAUAUUAUCCAAUAUCGCAAACCUAUUCGUAGAAGGGAUAUAGGUUGUUGCUUAAGGAUUAUUCACAACUCUGCUAAUAGAGCACUGAAUGCAUAUUUGAAGAAAUAGGAAUUAAUAUUUCAAUGAUAAAUACUUAAUAGCCUCAAGUUUGAUCAUUUUUCCGAUGUCGUUAUUGAUUGUAUUCACUUCUGUUUAUAUAAAGCGAACGUUCCAAUUCGUGGCAAUUUCCUAAUUUGUGAAAAUCGCAUCUGUUCUUCUUAAUAAAUUAAAUAAUAUAACUCCAUGAUUACCUUAAAAAACAUAUUGUUAUUCUAAAUUUGAUAUAUUAUCUGUUAUAAUAAGUGUCGAAUAAAAUUAAAAGCUAUAGUAAAUACCGGAAUAUUAUAAUUAUAAAUGUGUUGCUAACAAUGACAGUUUGAACAGUUACUCGCCAACAUUUUAGAAAUUGGCCGUUGAUGUAAGGCGUCUUUUGACAUUUCUUUGCAACUAUUUUUAAUCUCAAGUGACUGAAAUUGUGUCGAUUGAAUACUGUUAAAGUCGGGGAAAGUUUAAAGAAUACUUUGCAAACGAAAAAAUAACA